AUGGAGACGGAAGGCGCCUCCACCAUGAGAUCGAGGCCAUCGACGGGAUCCACUCGCCGACGUAGAGCGGUGAGCUCUCUCUCGAUACGAGGGAGGAGUGGUAAUGGAGGAGAUGGAGAGGACUUUUCGGAGUCCGCCACGGAACCUGGUUCAUCGUUUGAGUCCUGGUCUUCUUCUUCGUCUUCAUCUUCUCUUUCUUCUUCCUCUGCAACGUCGCCGAAGUCGGAUUCUGAUCGGACGCGACUGGCUGCCGAGGCGGGUCCGGGGGACGCCGUCCCCUGCGUGUCCCACGGAUCGGUGUCGGUCAUCGGGAGGAGGAGGGAGAUGGAGGACGCGGUGACGCUGGCGCCGGCGUUCCUGUCGCUGGGAGGGCCACGGUACGAUUUCUUUGGCGUGUUCGACGGCCACGGCGGCGCGAGCGUGGCCCACGCCUGCAGGGACCGGCUGCACGCGCUGCUCGCGGGGGAGAUGGAGACUCGGUCCGUCGUGUCGGAGAUGGAGUGGAGAGAGGCGAUGGAGACUUGCUUCCUCAAGGUGGACGAGGAGGUGACGGCGCGGGCCAUCACCGGGUCGGAUUCGGAGAGGAUGGUGGGUUCCACCGCGCUGGUAGCGGUGGUCGGGGUGGCGUGCAUCAUGGUGGCGAACUGCGGGGACUCAAGGGCCGUGCUCUCGCGAGGGGGCGUGCCUGUUCCCCUUUCUUCUGAUCACAAGGUAAGGGCGGAUCCCGACGACACGUAUCAUCUCUCUGUGCCGCCAUUUCCAUCUCCAUUCUUGAAUCGGACGAACAAUCUGUGCGACGACAGCAAGAUGAAUCUACCUUGUUCUCCACAAAUACAAUGGAGGAAACAGGGAGGUUCAUCUGCAUCAGACCGAUCUUGAAUUUUUUCGCGAGUUUCCGACUGUUCCCCCGGAAGUCCAGUAAAGAUUCACAAAUCUAGAAAGCCAGAAGCUUGCCGACAUCAUUGCUUCCGUUUCUUAGGAAUGAACAAUCGUCGAUUCGCAUUUGGAGUUUACUCUGUUGCGUCGCCUUCCUCGAUCUUCCUUCGUUUCUUAUCUGCUCAUUCGGUCGUCUGAUAUCGGAGAAAAUUAAUCAGUGAAGGAUCCAGUGGUUGUAGUUUGGUUGGGGGCAGAACUUAUCAUCAUGCACGAAGGUGGGCACCCAUGAACAGAUUAAUAAUCUAGUUGGUCUCCGAGGGGUUAGUCAACUGCUUGUUCAUGUGAUCGUGCUUGUUGACUUGGCCAUUCUUCAAUUGUUGACUUGAAGUGUCUCGUGAGUCAAAUUUGAAUUCAACGUAUCACUCAUCAAUUUGGGAAGGUCUAAAGGACUUUUUUCAGCGCUCCGAUUGACCAAAAAUCUGAUAAUCUCUCAGGAUUCCAAGGCCAACUCUAGUUUUUUUUUUAAAUUUCCUUUCUCAUACGGUCAAGGAGAAUUUGGAGUUCCGCUUGAAUGAGAUUCAGGGUUGACCUACGCUGUCGAUCAUGCUGUAAACUUUAUCAACUAUUUCCUGCCUAAUUAUUCCAGAGACCUAUGAAAUUGAACUGAAGAAAUGCAUGGGUUGACUUCUCUUGAAGAAUUAUAAUGUGUUUGGCUUAGCUGAUAAUCUCUUGAUGUGGGAUACGUUCUUCUGUUGGCUAGCACCUCAGCGGAGACAAUCCUGUAUGAAUGCAGCCGUCCACGUUAUAAUAAUCUCCUCCCUGUGGGUCUACGACUUCCACGCCGCGGACUUCUCUACUUAUUUCGCAUGCCCGUCUCCUAGCCGCCGGGUUUAUCGUCUUCUCGUCCUCCCUCGUCACAGAUCUUCCCAAAAGCUCCCUUCUUGCUCUCUUCCUCGUUCACACUCAUGUUUCUGCGUUCCUUCAUGGCCGUAACCAAGCUUCCUUCUUCACCCAGCCCGGCAGGCCGGACGAGAGGGAACGAGUGGAAGCAGCCGGCGGCAGGGUCUUCGACUGGGGCGGCCUCCGCGUUUGCGGCGUCCUCGCUACUUCCAGAUCCAUCGGUAAUCCUCCACACCCCAUACAGAGAGAAAUAGAGAGAGAGAGAGAGAAUAAGGUCUUUCUUCUCCAACUGUGUUAUUCAAAUGGGUGCAGGUGAUCAUUAUUUGAAGCCGUACGUGAUCCCCGACCCGGAGGUGACCGUGACGGCUCGCACAGAAGCGGACGAGUUCCUCAUCCUGGGCAGCGACGGGCUGUGGGACGUCGUGCCGAACGAGCUGGCCUGCGCGGUGGCGCGCCGCUCCCUCGCCAGCGGCCGAGCCCCAGGCGCAGAGGCCGCUGCCGCGCUGCUCGUGAAGCUCGCCAUCUUCCGCGGAAGCGCCGACAACGUGACCGCUGUGGUGGUGGAACUCCGCCGCCCCCGGCCGACGCCACGCGGCGGCUGCUCGUAG